AUGAUUGUUAUACUCAUCAUUGGAUUAAUAAUAGAAUUAAUAGCUAUCCCUUUUCAUCUUAAUUUUUUAUAUUUUGGCAUCGUACAACCAUCAAUACCUUUUAUAUGUAUGUUAUGGUGGUUUAUAGACUUAGGUCUAUAUAAUGGAUUUACAAUAAUUAUGUCAUGGAGUUCCUUUCAUCGUUAUUUAUUUAUAUUUCAUGAUCAAAUAUUUUUGCAAGGAAAGAAACGUUUUGUUUUUCAUUAUUUACCUCUUAGCAUAUUACUUCUCUAUAUACUGAUUUUUUAUAUAAUUGUCAUAAUCUUUCCACCAUGUAAGAAUACAUAUGAUUAUACAUUACCUGUUUGUAAUGAUUAUCCAUGUUAUUUGGAUAAUCUUGUACUUGGCAUAUGGGAUUCUGUUGUGAAUGGCAUUUUACCAAUAUUUAUCAUAUGUAUUUUUAGUGUCACUAUUCUCAUUCGAGUUCAUUAUCAAAAGCGACGUCUUGUUAAUCAACGUAAUCAAUGGCGUAGACAACGUAAAAUGAUGAUUCAAUUAAUUUCUAGUUCUAUUCUAUAUCUUAUACCCAAUAUUCCAUUGAGUCUUUUAAUUUUGGCUCAUCUUUGUGGUCUAUCAGAAAGUGUAGGUGUUGAAGUUGAACGUAUCGUCACCAAAGUUCAUCCAGCUAAUUCUGGCUGUCCACAAAUAAAACCAAUUAAUGAUAUUGCAUCAGACACAAGGUACAAUUCAAUGGAAAUAUCACAGCAAGCACGUUGUUUUGCCGAAACUCGAUAUGCCUUUCCACCAUUUAUUAUUGAAUUCAAUCAAGAUAUUGAUGAAAAAUCGAUAAUCAAAUAUAUCUUAUUCCAUUACUCAACUAAUAAAUGA